AUGACUACAAACUCUGAGGAAUCAUACACACUAUCGCUGGUGGAUUUGCAAGUGGUGGCCCCAUCGACUCUUCAUGCAGGAAAAGGUAGAACUGGAUUAAUGGUAUGUGCCUACCUAACUUAUUGCGGCAUGUCAGCAGAAGAGGCUCUUCAAUUGUAUGCAGAUAGACGAACAACCAAUAAUGAAGGAGUAUCAAUACCAAGCCAACGUCGUUAUGUGACAUACUGGGAAAGUCUACUUUCUAAUUCUGUCCCUAGGGGAACUGGAAAUGGACCACGAGAUGUGAACUUGCCUCAACCAUGUAGCAGAGAAUUGCGGCGAAUCCGGCUAUAUGAUACAGUCAACAUAGACUCAAUAUUCUUUGUUAUCUCAGAGCUACACGAGAUUCCUAAUGAGGUGUAUCGUCCACCAGUGGAAGCUUACCGUGGCUACUGUAGACAGGUUAAGAAAGGAUAUCAGAGAAACAACAGCCCUCGCUAUUAUAUUUCAAUUCUUGAAGGUGAUAACGAUGGAAUGCAAUCAGAAACGGAAGAACCUCGCAUUGUCGUUCAGAUGGACACAGAGUCUCCUGCAAUAUACCAAAAAUCAUGUUUGGACCAUUAUUUUGAUAAACCUAUACAAAACCCCUUCUAUUGGUUUUACACAUUUAUGUUUUUUGAUUUUGUAAAACUGCAAAAGAAGUAUUGCUAA